GUACGUUGUUACACGAGAAGAUAUACAGCAACUUCUAAUGCGAAUUCGUUUCCCACAGCAACUCAUUUUUAAUUCCGGUUUGAGCAGUAAACAUGGCAAAUAGGACUGUUAAAGAUGCAAACAGUAUACAUGGAACAAAUCCACAAUACUUGGUAGAGAAAAUUAUUCGUACUCGAAUUUAUGAAUCAAAAUAUUGGAAAGAAGAAUGCUUUGGACUGACUGCCGAACUUGUCGUUGACAAAGCCAUGGCGUUGAAGUUUGUCGGAGGAGUCUAUGGAGGAAAUAUCAAACCUACACCGUUCCUGUGUCUCACUCUGAAGAUGCUACAGAUUCAGCCAGAAAAAGACAUCAUUGUAGAAUUCAUCAAGAACGAGGAUUUCAAGUAUGUCCGCUUGCUAGGGGCAAUGUACAUGAGGUUGACUGGGACAUCAGUGGAUUGCUACAAAUACCUGGAACCACUGUACAACGACUACCGAAAAAUCAAGAGUCAGAACCGAAAUGGAGAGUUUGAGCUGCAACAUGUAGAUGAGUUCAUUGAUGAACUGCUACACUCUGAGAGAAUGUGUGACAUCAUCCUUCCCAGGCUUCAGAAAAGGCAGGUCCUUGAGGAGGCGGAGUUAUUAGACACACGCAUCAGCGCCCUAGAAGAGGACCUGGAUGAAGUGGAGACCAGUGACGAGGAAGACGAGGAAGAGGAAAAGCCAGAGAGAGUUCAGACCCCAGAGCCCCACAGACGGAGUUACCGGGACAACGACCGCCCUCGCCGUUCGCCCUCUCCACGCUACAGGCGCAGCCGUUCACCCAGACGGAGGAGCAGAUCACCCAAGAGACGAAGGCAUGUAGUCUCUACCUUUUCUGCUGGAUUAUCCUUGUGUUUUCCAUUGUACCAUCAGAUGCCCAUCCCCCAGACGAGAGCGCCACCGCAGCAAAAGUCCCCGUCGCCACCGCAGCCGCUCCCGAGAGAGACGUCACCGCUCAAAGUCCCCAGGCCAUCACAGAAGCCACAGGCAUCGCAGUCACUCCAAAUCCCCAGAGAGGAGUUCAAAAAAGAGCCACAAGAAGAGUCGAAGAGGGAACGAGUGACCCAUUUUUGUAUUUUGUUCUCUUGGACAUUUCUUCUUUUUGACUUGGAAGCUGUGGCAAAAUGUUUACGUCUGUGUAUGGAAUCACUGGUAUUUUGUAUUUAAUUUUGGAAACUGAUUGCAUUUAAAAAAUGUUUUCAGACUAUGUUGCAGUAAAAAUCUAUCUCCAAUGUAUUUCUAAAAUCUGCAGCUCGUAUGGAGCUGUCCACAACCCUAUACAUCAGUGGAUAAAGUUUCUCAAGGUUUUAAACAUAAGGACCUUUUGUUGUGUGAUCCGGUGUGAUUAUGGCAACACUGGCUAGUAAGAGUAGAAAAUAGAACUCAACUCGUAGACCGACCAAAAUUGACCCGUCAUCAGAAGCAUAAUUAGCUGAUGUCAAUAAGGGUUUCCGGGCCUCCCGGGUGGCGCAGUGGUCUAGGGCACAGUUCGCGCCCAGGCUCUGCGCCACCCGGGAGGCCCGGAUGGCCGGUAGGAAUAUCCUUGUCUCAUCGCGCACCAGCGACUCUUGUGGCGGACCGGGCGCAGUACGUGCUAACCAAGGUAGCCAGGUGCACGGUGUUUCCUCCGACACACUGGUGCGGCUGGCUUCCGGGUUGGAGGCGCACUGUGUUAAGAAACAGUGCGGCUUGGUUGGGUUGUGUUUCGGAGGCUUUCGACCUUUGUCUCCUGAGCCCGGAUGGGAGUUGUAGCGAUGAGACAAGAUAGUAGCUACUAACAAUUGGAUACCAUGAAAAGGGGGUCAAAUUGAUAUUUAAAUAAAAUAAGGGUCUCCACUUCUCUAGGCCAACUGCUUUUCAGGAAGUUCCCCGAAGGCAUCCAACAUAUUUAUCCACUCUGGUAGUAUGUCAUCUGUUUAGACCAUGUGUCAAACUCAUUCCCCUGAGGGCAGAGUGUCCCUACGUUUUCGCUCCUCCCUUGUACUUGAUUGAUGAAUUAAGGUUACUGAUUAGUAAGGAAGUCCCGUCACCUGGUUAUCUAGGUCUUAUUUUGAAAGGAAAAAUCUGCGGACUCUAGGCUGUCCUUGGAAUGAGUUUGAAACCCCUGGUUUAAACUCCGCUUCCUGAUGUAAACCCUACUCUUUGUCAAUGGUAGAAUUCAAUUCAACUACAAUCUAUUGAAUAUGGGAUAUUUUUUUAAUUGGAUGUUAAAUGUGUUCACAUUUUUUACGCCUGUAUGGAACCCCUGGUGUUUGUAUUUCAUUUUAGAAACUGAUUGGAUCUUUUUGAUAUUUUCAGACGAUGUAACAGAAAUAAUCAAUCUGUAUUUCUUAAAUCUGCAGCUCAUACGCAGCUGUCAACAACCCUAUGCACCACACUUAAAUAACUUAUUUUGCCCUCAUUGGAAAUAUUACAAAAAUAAGUGUUAUGGGCAUGAGGAAUUAUUGUAGUCUAAAAACACAAUUAAAUCAAUAGUUUAAUUUUUAUGGCUCUUUCAACAACAACAAAAACACAUCUGGCACAAUUUGUUUAGCAGCAACCUGGUCUAGAGAGCCCAAAGAGCAUAAAAAGAAAAUACAUUGUAUGUACAAUAUGGAAACCUCAAUUUGGUUAACCUCUUUGAUUGGUUAAUUCUCAUCCUUGCUCUUAUUCAUUGUGAGAAGAAAGGUUUUUGAGAAAUUCCCGGAUUUCUGCACAUCUUUGAUUUCUUCCCCGUUGUUCAAUUUUCCUCAAGAUGUUGAAACUCUUUUUACCGUAUUUGUUAGGAUUAGGUAUCUCUGCUGCCUUCUUGUGAUAAUCAAUUGAUGCAUUGCGAUCCUGGAUGUGGAAGUUGCUGUAUUUGGCAUAAUGGAAGUAGAGUAUCUGCAACUCGUCUGGAUCCUGCUCGUUGGAGAAUAAAUUCUCAUAGAUCUGA